CAGAAAAGGAAGGAGACAACUCUCGGCCAAACUCUUAACCGAUAAACAUGCACACAAUUCCGCAAUCGUAUUGGUUUAAUAUGGCUGCCAAUAUUGGUAGAAACCUGGAAUUUCCCAAAUGAUUUUGUUUUGGAUCCAUGUACAUGCGUGGAGAUUGGAACGCGUUGAAAGGAAAUGAACUUUCUCUUUCUCUUUAUACACCAGACAAUGAAUUAAGUAGAUGUAACCGAAACAAACUUUAUAAAUGACAAUUUAAUCGUAAUAAUAUGCAGGUACAUUAUAGAAGUUUUUGUAUUUUCUGUCAUUUGAUAGAAACCCUACAGUUCGUGCACGUGGAGCUGCGUAUCUUAUUAAUUUUCAAUGGACGCUGCUGUACCGAAGUAAAGCAGCAACACCAACGUGAUUUCUUCUAGGACGAAAAUUCGCUUUGUAGAUUUAGUAAAUAAAUAAUGGGUAUUGGUUUUAGUCAAGGUCUUCGUUUCUUUUUUGAACAAUCGAUUUAUACAGCAAUUUGUUUUAAGUAGGAGGUAUAAAUAAAUAGAUGGACUUUUCUAAGUGAAAUGGAUGGAGAAGCCGGUCAGAAAAUUGUUUACGAUGUUUUUCUUUCGGUGAGUGAUUGAGGAGUAUUUAAAGAGACAGGAAAAUGGAAAAUGAUUCCAUCCAGGCGGAAAAAUAAACAGGAAAUAACUUGUACAAGAACGAAAAGCUUCAGGAAACUAAACAAAGAGCUGAAAGAACUGGUUCUACCUGCGAGCAAAUUAAAGUUCUGUUCAGACCAACUUCAAAAUUUAAACUUUAUUUUAACCAGGCGGAUCCUAAACGCGAAUGAACCUGAUAAAAGCAAACCGAUUUUGAUAGCAAGAUCAGUAACAGAAAGACUGAUCCAAAGACUGCUAUGUACCGUUGGAAUCCUAGAUCCACGAUUUGCCUCGAAAUAUUUGGUUGCAUUACAUGACUCGGAACGUGACAAGUUUUCCAACAAGCUCGAAUACAUCGUCAGGUUAGAUGCACUGUCUGUGCCACUUUUGUAUUCCAGAGAUGAACCGCCGCAGUAUGUAAUUACAGAGGGUGGAACUGAAAUGUGCCCUCACGGCUAUGCCCGGCUUAGAUUUUCGGGGAAUACCGCCAAGAUAUGGAGCGAAUUUCUCAACUCUGGCGGUUAUCUACGCAGAGACAAAAUCCAAGCAAGAAUGGUUGAGAUGUUAGCUGAAGCUGCUUCAAAACAAGGUGUUGAUUGUCCCACUGAUAUCGACGAUUCGACACUUUGUGCUUCACCUGGGAAGGUGGUGGAUCCUGUAGUUCUGCAUCACAUACUGAAGAUUCCGCCAGAACGGCAUGUCUACUAUGGACCAGUUGGAAACUAUUCCCGGUUCCCGGACCCACGGGACUUCCGUUUAGCGAUCGUCGAUGAACCGAGCGGUAUUCGUUUAAGGAUAGGCUUCCUGUCACCAGCAAUAGCCAGCGUUAAUAUUGAGGUACGCCUUUUGGUCGCCAUCCACAUCGAUUCCUGGCCCUCCACGUCUGAUUUCCCGUUCAGGAUUCCCCUUUGGCACGCCGACAGCUUACUGUAUUAUCGAAGCGCGCAGACGGGAAUGUACUUAGUAGGCUACGGAGUACACUCAUCAGCAUGGCAAAUCCGUGUUCCGGCAGCUGAACAGAUGCUUCUGAAGAAUCACAGCCCAUUCAGCACAGUUACAGUACUAUUAAAGUCAUUGGAAAAUAUUUUAAACGGCAUAAACGCCCAACACCCUAAAGAAGAGCCAUUUUAUAAAAUCCUCAACAAAUACAUCGUUCAGACUUGUGUGUUCUUCGAGUUGGAAAAAGACUCAUUUUCGCCGAUGGAGAUAUUAAUGAAUUGGUCUCCGAGAUUCCUCUCGACCAUAGUUCUACAGGUGCUAGACGACUUGAUCGUUUGUCUCCGAAGUCAAUUUCUCUCCAACUACUUUUUCAAAAGCGCGAACCUGUUGGCCAACCCGGGACACUUAUGCGAAGAAGAUUACAACUUAGAAGCUAAUAGAAUAAAGGCGUGCAUGCUUAGAAUGUUCGACGAAUCGUUGACUUCAUUGAAAACAGACAAGGAGUUCAAGAAGUUUCUCAAUUCGCAGAAUACGGAAAUGGCCCUGAUGCUCAAAUGGAGAAACUUGGUGGACGGUUUAAUGCCUCCCGACAUUGCAACUAGAGGAAGAAGGAUGUGUUUUAAUGGAUCGAAACAUGGUAGAGAUGUAGCGUACAGCUUGUACACGAACAGACAGUUGGAAAGUGUCGGAAUUGUUCUCAAGAGUAUUUUGUUAGUCAAGGAGAAACUUUUGCAAGCCCACCAAGAUACUUCCUUUAGCAUCAAUUCGGUGUUUGCCCCUGAAAACCCAACAGACGACAUAAUUUACAUCCUUGUAACGAUUCUCGAACAGGCCAGAGACCAGUACAUUGAAACAGCUCUCUUGGAUCCAAGCAUUGCCAAAAAUCUGCCAAAAAUUAAAUUUCAAUUUGACAUUGCCAUGACGAAAUUGGUUGAGUCGAUACGAAAAGAUAAAGACAUACACACAUUUGAUUUAGGGGACGAUAAGACCAUUGUCAAAAUACUUCUCAAAUGGCUGUAUAAAGGUUUGGAUCAAAGUAAAAAGAAUAUGGCGCCAGUGCUGAAACCUUAUCUUAGAAAUGUUUUCGUAUUUUCAAAUGCACUAUCGUGGCAUUUGGAAGAAAUAACAAAGAAAGAGUACAAAGAUGAACUGGAAGCCAUGGGGUCGUUUGCUAAGUUGGUAACCUCUUCUCAAAUCAGUCCAGCUCAGGGUUUAGUGGAUUCAGUAAAUAAGAAUUGGAACUGGGCUAAAAGUAUGCUCUGCUCAGUGGAAAAAUCUCAACUAAGACUCGUCUUUUGUCCUGGAAGAGGCAAAACUUUAAGACAUAUCCUAUAUCUUCCUUUGGAAGAACAGAAUAAAAUUGACGACAAUGGUCUUCAAACGCUAAACAUGAUAAGACAAACAAUUCUACGAAACGGAUACCAAACACUGCCGAGUAAAAGCUACUUCAGUACUUUCUCCAGAAAAGACAAAAAUAUGGAAGAAGAUAUGCCACAACACUGUAUAUUAAGAGAUUCUAGUCCCAUGGUGCUAUGCCUAAGAAAAAUACAUCGCAAUGGUGAUCAUAGAUGUGCUGGUGAUUUGAUACAGUCUUUCGUUUCGUUGCAGAAAGUUAGCAUCUUACAGGAAAUUACGUCAUCGCUUCCGCUAGACGAGCGUCUCGAAAUUCUAGAAUCCGUUCACCACCUGCUCAGCGAACGUAACAAGAAGCAUUCGUUUAAGAACCGAUCGCACACGCUAGGAAGUUUCGGGAACUCCAGGUCGCGUUCCCGUAACACAGACAACGGUCUCGGUUUAAUCCAGAGAUAUAUCCCGAAGGAAGAGAGCGCCGGCAUCAGAAUAGAUGACGGCUCCAGAGGCGACGAAGUCAGCAAAAACGAGGACGUUCUAAUUGGAAAAAGUCUCAUUAGAAACGAACGUGGUAAUAAAAUCGACAUUAGGGGCAAUUCAUUGAUCGGAAGCUGCAGGGCAGCGAGAAUUCGUGAAGAUAACAACAUCAUCUACUUUCAGGACAGCUUUAAGGUUCAGUCGUUGUCAAAAAAGCCGAGCUUUAAGUAUUAAUUUUAUUUUGUCCGCGUACGCCCGAGAACAAAAACUCUGAUCCGGGGAAUUCAUCAGAAAAGUUGGGGUUGAAACAAAUGAUGAAUGAAUACGAUAUUAAUUCAGAAAUACUUCUGUUAGUGAUUUUCUGGAAUCCAUGAAUGUGAAAAUCACGUUUCUGAAUCUUUUUCCAACUUUAUAAUAAUAUAAUAAGUAUUAAACAUUCCUGUUUUAAUUAAAUAAUAAUCUAAUUGAAAACAAAAUUAGCUUGUUUACGAUAGAUACAUCAUAUAAUACCCUGUUUUAACACAUUCUUAAUUUGCAUUUUGGGUUUUUACAUUCAAAUUUUACCUUUUUGA